UCCAUAUCAUGGGUAAUGGCCUCUCCAUGUUUUCCCCGCCACCCCCCGCUUCUUCCCCGCCGAAUGCAGUCUUCUUACACGAAUGGGGGCCUCGAGAAGCCGUCUCGCCGUGUCGUACACGUACAACGGCCAGGACAGGUGCCCGACCAUUGCGAGAUGACCUUCCGGGUUCCCCACCUCAAGAUGUGCAUUAGUAUUACGCGACCUGCGUCUCAUGACCUUGUUGACAAGCGAGCAUUGCAGGGGGCAAAGGAGUUGUCACCCAGUUCUUCUUCAAGUCUAGCACUGCAUUGUAGGAUAUUGAACUACCCUCCCUUUCCCCUGUUACUUCGCUUUACAUCAACCUCGGGGACGUCCGAUUUGCUUUUCUUUCUUUUCUUCUUUCAUCCGGACUCUCCGGUUGUUCGCAUUCCCUUUAAAACGCUCCGAAACAUCAGGGACUCGACGACUCUUCUCCGUACAUAUCGAAUACAUCAAGAUGUAUGCUGCUCCCUUGGAGGAGAGUGAAUGGGUCGAACCCCUAACCUCUAACGAGGCACGGCUAGCCCCGAGGCCUCUUACCGAGGAAGAAAAGGAGCACUUCGUCGCACAUGGCUGGCUUCGUCUGACAGAUUGCUUCACCAAAGAACAGGCCGACUGGGUCAAUCAGGAUGUGUGGACGCGGCUAGGAAUGGACCCCAACGACAAGUCCACCUGGGCACAGCGGACCAACAUGCCCUGCCAUCGCACUUUCGACGCCUCCGUUUUCUCCCCAAAGGCGUGGUCGGCCAUUAACGAGCUGUGCGCGGGCCGUCAACUGCACGACUCCCGUGAGUGGCGCGACUCCCUCAUUGUUAAUCUCGGCAGUGACGAGUACGAGGGCAAGGAGACACACCCCCACGAACUUGACAACUGGCACGUCGACGGAGACUUCUUCGUCCACUACCUCGACUCUCCCGAGCAAGCCUUGCUGGUCAUCCCUAUCUUCUCGGACAUUAGCCCGGGCGGCGGCGGAACGAUGAUCUGCCCGGAGGGAAUCCCCAAAGUCGCACGCUACCUGUACGACCACCCGGAAGGCGUGUCCCCCCGGAUGAUACCCCGGGGACACCCGGAUUUCGAGGCGGAGAAGACCCUGGACUGGUUCAACACCACGGCCAGGAGCUGCGAGAACUUCGUCGAGGCCCACGGCAAGGUGGGCGACGUCUUCCUGCUCCACCCGCUCAUGCUGCACUCGGCGUCGCGGAAUCCCUUGCGCCAGCUCCGCAUCAUCACCAACCCUCCCGUGUUCUUCCGCGAACCCCAGUGCUUCGACCGGCCGGACGGCGACUAUAGUCUCGUCGAGCGCGUAACGCUCCGCGCCUUGGGGAAGGAAUCGCUGCCCGGUUGGAAGAUCACGCGACCAAGGGAGAUGAGAGUACCGGAACGGAUCAGGAUCCAGCAAAAGAUGAGGGAGGAAGAGAAACAGCGGCUGCAGCAAGCGGCGCUUACUCCUCCCCUCGCUGCCGAACCGCCUGCCGCCGCCGCUUAGGGAAGGAAGGAGAACCAUUCGGGAGAGGCGACGUAUACAUGAUCUGUCAAUGUCCAGACCCGGCCUGGUUCAUUCUACUGCCCAUGCCAUCCGAUCCACGCGUUUCAUGCUGAGUCGAACUUGACUGGAGAGAAGUCUCGCAGUAUGGGGUAGUUCUGGAAUUUAAUCAGUGGACAACAGUGGAAUAGUUUCAUAUUUUAGAGUCGUGUGGAGAUAUAUCUUGGUCAGUUGGCAUGGGGAAGGGGGGGAAAAGAAAUAGGGGCGGUUUUCGAGUCGACGGCCAGAGGCUCAGAGCAUGGCGGAAUUGUACGUAUGGAACUGAGUGGGCACACUGAACCAAUUUAAAGCAUAUCGCGCAAGUACACCUAUACUGCGAAUGACCCCCGAGUCAGUCUACGGAUAGGUAAUAAUGAAGCAACCUCCGAU